AUGGUGGAUGGAAUUCAGAAACCAGCAUGGUUGGAUGCGCUAUACGCAGAGAAGUUCUUCGUAGGAUGUCCUUACCAUGAGACAGCAAAGAAGAACGAGAGGAACGUGUGUUGUCUUGAUUGUUGCACCAGUCUCUGUCCUCACUGUGUACCCUCUCAUAGAUUUCAUAGACUCCUUCAAGUUCGCCGUUAUGUGUAUCACGAUGUUGUUCGGCUUGAAGAUCUUCAAAAACUAAUCGACUGCUCUAACGUUCAAGCUUAUACUAUAAAUAGUGCAAAAGUGGUGUUCAUCAAGAAGAGACCACAAAAUAGACAAUUCAAAGGAGCUGGCAACUAUUGCACAUCAUGUGACCGAAGUCUUCAAGAACCUUAUAUCCAUUGCUCCUUGGGUUGUAAGGUGGACUUUGUGAUGAAACGUUAUAGGGACUUAACCCCAUUCCUAAAGCCAUGUCACACUCUAACCCUAGGUCCUGACUACAUCAUCCCACAAGACUUACUGACGGAUGAUGAUGUGGCGGUCUACGAGACUCCUAGAUCAACUGUGGUAGACGGGGAUGAGUCCAUGAGCUGGUCCUCCGCUUCCUCGGAUAACAACAAUACGGGUGCGGCUGCUGCUUAUGCCGCGACCACAACCCAUGUCGUGAGGAAAAAGCGGACCGGUUUUUGCCUUUGCGCCAAAUCGGCUAAUAGUUAUAAAGAAGUUUCGGAGGAUCCUGACGAUAUUUCUACUUGCAUUAAUCGGCGAAAAGGCGUUCCUCAACGAUCUCCUCUCUGUUAACGUACUCUUUUAUUUUUUGUUUUUGUUUUUUAAUCUUCUUAAUUAGUUUCUUUGCACCAUAUAGUCUUAUAUGUUACAUGUAUGGAUUCUUGUCGUGCGGUCUCUCUAAUAAAGUUUAUAAUCUGUUUUUUUUUUU